AUGGCCACCACCAGGUGGUCGUUCCUGCUGUUUGUGGUCCUCAACCUCAUAGUUCAAACUCAAAACUUCCAUCCACUCUAUAAGAGGAACUCCAUCACUCACCGCGAGAUCACAACAAAGGCAGUUCUCCGUAAGACGGCAGAGGUCUGCAGAGACAUUGCUGCUGCAGAGGGACAGGACUUCAUUCUGACUAUUGAUGACAGUCUAACGGCUGAACAAGUACAAAAGGCAUGCUCCUCCUCAAGAAAAUCAGGCUCACUCUCGUCCAGUUUCUCUUUCCAUGGUUCCAUUGCCUUUAUGUACUUGGGCAAUGCGUAUGUAGAUUUAGCAUACGCACUCAGCACAAAGCACCAUUUUGAUAGCGAGACCUUCCAGCAAGGACGAGAUCUGAUCACAGAAGGCGUGUCUGUUGUGAAGGCCAGUGUAAAACAGAAGAGCUACAUCACAGGGCGUGCAACACUCGGACAACUAUUUCACACUAUACAGGACUUCUACAGCCACAGCAACUGGGUGGAAUUGGAGAACACGGUUCCUUACGAUGCACUGAUCAAACCCGACAAGCCUUUAGAAAAUCUGGCAGGUCUAAUUGUUCCCACCUGUAGAAACUGUGAAGGAGAUAACUGUGACGACAACAUUUUGCCAAAUGUGCUGAAAAAAAAGGUUCUCACCUCCGGCUACUUUGGCAUUUUCAAGCCAGGAGGUAAAUGCAGCCAUGGAGGGAAAGCCGACGUGUCGAGUUUACAGGAACCAGUGGGAGGCAUUAAUAAGGACACUGUUUCUUCCCAUCAUGGCUCACUUCAUAUACAAGCGGCCAAUUUGGCUGUGAUUGCUACUAUGGACGUUCUGGAAGACAUCAGACUAGCUGUUGGAGACAGGAACUUCCUACAAUUGAUGGGUCUUUCCCAUUCCUCUGUGCUGUGUUUUGUCAUUGACACUACAGGCAGUAUGGUUGAUGACAUAACCGAAGCUAAGGCAGUUGCUUUUGACAUCAUUGAUAGCAAGAUAGGAACCCCACAGGAGCCUGCUGCCUAUAUACUGGUUCCAUUCAAUGACCCAGAGGUUGGACCUCUGCUAUAUACAGAAGAUGCAGACAUAUUCAAAGUAGAGAUCGACAAGCUGACUGCUUUUGGAGGAGGUGACCUCCCUGAGAUGUGCUUGACUGGACUGCAGCUCGCCCUUACAGCAGCUCCUGUUUCAUCUGAGAUAUUUGUUUUCACUGAUGCGCCAGCAAAAGAUGCACACUUGAAAACCACCAUUGAUGCCCUUAUUGAGAAUACCAAGUCUGUCGUGACUUUCAUCCUGACAAAUGUCCUAGCCAGUCGACAUAAACAAAGCCUUCAAGAUGCAUCGCCUCGAUGGCUGGGCCAAACAGAGGCUCAGCUCUUCCGUGACAUAGCCCAGGCCUCUGGAGGACAGACAAUUGAAGCCGAUAAGGGAGAUCUUGGUCUUGCUACAAUUGUCAUCGAGGAUUCCAUAACCAGUGCUUUGGUAACGGUUUUUCAAGCAGCAAGGGAUCCCGGAGAGCCUGCUUGUUUUACAUUUGAUGUGGAUGCCUCACUAACAAACAUAACCAUCUACAUCAUGGGGACUUCAUCUCUCACCUUUGAUAUCACCAGCUCAACAGGUGUGUCUCAGAACUCCAGUGAACAAAGGGGUCCUCUGGCAACUUUGAACAUGGUGGGUAACCUGUGGCGACUGAAGCUCAAUAAUGUCAAUGAAACAGGAUCGUGGGAAAUAAGUGUGGACUCUUCUGAUGCCUACUCAGUUAAGGUCACAGGUCAAAGUCCAGUGAACUUCAUCUACAACCUUGUGGAAGCCCGUGAAGGAAUCCAUGGAGACUUCUUUUUGAAGGAGGGACGUCCACUUUUUGGUGGUAAUGUCACCCUGCUGGUCACAGUGAUGGGGAGUGAAGGUGUAAAUGUCAGUGAGGUCACGCUGUGUGACAGGUCAAGCCCAACAGAGGUCAAUGGAACAUUGCAGUCAUUAGGAGGUCCCAACUUCUUGGUGACAUUCAAUGUGUCUCCAACGGAUGAUUUUGUUGUGCGGCUAAGAGGAGACGACACCAGCUCAUCGUCACUGUCUUCCACUACAAGCAGAUUCCAGAGGCAGGCCUCCACUUCCAUUAAGACUUCCAACUUCUCUAUAACUGCUCGAGCUAACAGCACCAACAUUGAACCAGGUUCCACGAUCCCUAUCCAAUUCACUGUUACCUCAAGUAAAGUUGUGACAUUUUAUGUGAAUGCUACCAAUGACCGCAACUUUACCUCGACAUCGCCCAGCACUGUCACCAUAGAGGCAGCUACUGGGGGGGAGGCCGACGGCACCGUGACCCUAAAGGCUCCCGACAGAGCAACGUCAGGAACAGAUGUGACACUUACAAUUCAGGUGGAAGAUGCAACUGCCACCGAUAUCAACUAUGUUGUCCUUAGGUUUUCUGUCACUGCGAAGGUGACUGACGUCAAUAGACCAGUGUGCCAUGAAGUAAGUACAUCUACAUCCAACUGUUCAAUUUCAUCACUCUGUGACUCCUCCCAGUGGGAGUUUGUGGCCAAUGUGACCGACGGUGUUAAUGGAACGGGAAUUGAAAGAAUCACCGUCCGUGAAGGGAAUGGCACCCUCCACACGACCACAGUGAACGGGCCAGUGGGCGAUAACAUCACUGUGGUCUCCUACAGGGCAUCUUGCUGUGCAGACAGACUGGAGCUGUCUGUUGUGGACAAUGUGGGAAACGUUGGAAUUUGUGUGGGCCUGGUGAGCCAUUCCACCACAGUUGAGCCUGUAGUUGGGACUCCAGUUGGGACUCCAGCUACUGUGACAACUAACUCCACUUCCACUGCAGAGCAGAGCCUGAGCACCACACUUUGGGUCUGGAUUACUAUAGUGACACUAACACUUUGA